AGUGUCUUUGUUUCCUUCUUCUGCUGCGACCUGCCUCUGCCUCAUCCCAACAAUGUCGAUCAUCUCCCGUCUUCCUGUUAUCCUGAUGAUGAUCAUUCUGUUCACUGUUACUAACGCAUCGACAACCCCAACAGGUGUCUCGACUGAGCUUGAGAACCUUGUGUCGUCCUUGCGAGCUAGGCAAGCGUCCAAGUAUUCGACAACUAAGCGCAGCGGUAGUGCUGUCCUCAACAAGGGCGUGACCGCUAAUGCUAACGACAACUCUGAGGGUCUGUCGAAGAUUCUCAGAGCGCUAGAAGGAGUUGUUACUGGUCGUCGCAGCAUGUGAUGACGAUGUUAAUGACCAUUGAGUACCACGAUUGCUGCGGAAAUCUUCUGACUUUUGAAAAAGAUAUUUUCCGAUAAUUUUGACUACUGAACUAUGAUGCUGUACUACUUGUUCAACUACAAGCACUACCUUUGUUGACUACUACUUCCCAAUCAGCAGGCUUCUGUGACUGCUGUUGUCUAUAAACACCCUGUGUCGAAGGACAUCAAGAACGAGGGAACCGAUUAUCCUAUUUCGUUGCUUUCAUGCUGUUAUGUAUAGAAUUAGUGACUUCAUCAUCAUCAUCAUCAUCGAGUUUGCCAUUAUUCCAUUGUUCUCCGAAGAUGCAUUCUUAACAAGAAGCCCAGCAUGAGUAUUAGUAUCGUAUUAGGAAUCGGUGUUGUUGUGGUAUGAAUAACAGGAAAAUUCAUACUAAUGAUAAUAGUAAACAAACAGACGAUUGACCUUGUGAGCUCCUGGUAGUUCUCUCUUAUCGUAGUGAAAGCUCCGUUUGAGGUCGACGAAAGUCUAGUAUUGUCCUUGUUAUUGUCUAACAACACUCUAUUGUGUGUCACCAUGGUUACCAUUACUGUCUUAACUUUUUCUCUCGUGCGCUUUUCUUGCAAUUUCACAAUCCGCACAGAAAUAAAUAUCGAGGAUUUGUCCGAUUCUCGAGUUGCAUUAGCAUCGGCCUUAUUACGGUUGUUGUUAUUGUCGACUACUGGGCAUUUCCUAUGAUUGUUGUAUCGGCGUCACUGACUACUGCGAGAAUGAGUGGUCGUUGAUAUUAUUAUCAAUUGCGAGUUCAAAGGCUGACUCGCUACAAUGGC